AGAUGAUCACAGCAGGAAGCAGCAGGCUUAAGAUGAAGCUUGACGUCGCCACGUUCGCUUCCCUCCUGGCCCUGGCCGCGGCCGCGUCGGCGGCCGGCGCCGUCACGUUCGACGCGACGAACACGGCGUCCAGCACCCCCGGCGGCCGGCGCUUCGACCAGGCCGUCGGCCUCGGCUACGCCAAGCGGGUCCUCUCCGACGCGUCCACCUUCAUCUGGAGCACCUUCAACCAGCGCAGCGCCGCCGGGCGCAAGCCCGUGGACGCGGUCACCCUCGUCGUCGAGGACAUCGACGGCGUCGCGUUCACGAGCGCCAACGGCAUCCACCUCAGCGCCCGGUACGUCGGCGGCUACUCGUCCGGCGACGUGCAGGCCGAGGUGACCGGCGUGCUGUACCACGAGGCGACGCACGUGUGGCAGUGGGACGGGCGGGGGAGGGCGAACGGCGGCCUCAUCGAGGGCAUCGCCGACUACGUGCGGCUCAAGGCCGGGUACGCGCCGGGGCACUGGGUGAAGCCGGGGCAGGGCGACCGGUGGGACCAGGGCUACGACGUCACGGCGAGGUUCCUGGACUACUGCGACUCGCUGAAGCCGGGGUUCGUGGCGCUGCUCAACGCCAAGAUGAAGGACGGCUACAGCGACGACUUCUUCGCGCAGAUCACGGGGAAGAGCGUGCAGCAGCUGUGGCAGGACUACAAGAAGAAGUAUGGGGGCUGAUGUGGAUAGAGGUGGUCCAUGGUCAACACGUACGUCUAGUAUGACGUGGCAAAGUUGAAUAAGGUGUUUGUUGCCCAUCUCAGUGUACUGUUGCUUACUAUGCUGAAUAGUAAUAACGUUGAAAAUGCCUUGAUGCCAGUUUGUGAUGUGAAAUAAAAGGAAAUAAAAGGAUAUAUAUAU